AUGUGGCUCCACUGGCAGCGGGAGAAGGAGCUGCAGAUCGACGAGGCUCUGCGGAGUUCCCUGGUGGACGUGGAGGCCCUGCGGAGACACGCCGUGUCCAUGGGUGGCCUCUUCCACUCGGACAUUCGACGGAGAGUCUGGCCCAAGUUGGUCGGAGUCAACAUGUACCACAUCAAACCCUACGAGGGAGCGCCUCUCACCGAGCACAAGGACAGGGCGCAGGUCCUGCUCGACGUGAGACGGUGUUCCAGGCGCAUACCUGAACACUAUUCAGAGACAAGGAGACAAGAGUUGCAGGAGAAGCUACUGAGGGUCAUUCUGCGACUUCUCUCAGAGCACCCCGACCUGCACUACUACCAGGGAUUCCAUGACAUCGUUAUCACAUUCCUGCUGGUGGGCGGGGAGGACUUUGCCUACGCCAUUGUCAAUGUUCUCGUUCAACACCACAUCAGGGAUUUCAUGGAUGCGGACAUGGACCGUACCAAGGUGAUCAUCUGCUACCUCAGACCUCUCCUCAGACUGGAGAGUCGUACACUGGAGCGCUUCAUCCACAAAUCAGAGUGUGCCUACUACUUCUGCCUCAGCUGGCUCAUCACCUGGUUUGGCCACGUGGUGAGGAGACUGGACGAGGCCUGCAGACUGGUCGACUUCCUCCUGGCCUCCCACCCUCUCAUGCCCGUCUACCUCUCUGGAGCCGUGAGAGAGAACGCUCACACACACACACACACAACCACACAAACACACUUCAAACUUUUUCUCGAUUAGGUAUUAAAUUUACAGAGAGAAUUUUCAGUGCUUAAGCUCCGUUGCAAAACUCGUCCACACUCACAAAUUAUGUGGAGAGUAUAAUUAUAUGAAAUAGGUUCCUUCAAGAGUUUUUUUGGCUAUGGUAUGUUUUAAUGAUAAUGGUUCAGUAAGUUUGAGUAUGUUAUAUUAAUACCUCGGUCGGAGAAACGUCUAUAUACAUUGUAGAAAUUUCUUCAGUGUGAGUAUAAAUAAAGCUUCUGGUUACUUUUACUCCCUUUCAUAUACAAACCUGAGGAAAGGAUCCACACGUUAAAGACUUGUGUGCGUGUGUGUGUGUGGAACAUCUGUUCCCCAGAUUAUCCUGAGUCGAGAGUCGGAGGUGUUGGCGGUGGACUGCGAGAUGGCGUCGGUCCACGGACUCCUCUCCAAGAUCCCAGAGAGACUCAGCUACGAGCAGGUCAUCGUGAUGGCCCAGCAGCUCUUCGAGAAACACCCUCCUCAGAGACUGGCCAGGAACGAGGGCCUGAAACUCGGGACUAGCUCCCUGAUAUCUACCUAUAAACAGUUCUCAAGACACACUCAGAACCAGCACGCUGAUCAUCUCCUGGCGAGGGGGAUUGUCUCGCCUGCCCCUCCUCGUUGUUGGCUAGAUUGGCUCCCCUCUCCCUCCUUCUCCCUCUUCCUCAGACUCCUGGCGUUCGUGGCUCCAGUCUUACUGGCUGUCAUACUGUUCUGGAUCAGGCAUCACUACGUCAGAACUAACAUGGAACCCACAUUCAGUCCUAGAAAAUCUGUACCGAUUUAGUGUUCAUUAU